AUGGCAUCGCAUGGUGUCAUGGCGACGUCGCAUGACGCCACCGCUGCUGGCGCUCCACCCCGCCAGCCCUCUCUGCCCCUCGCACCCGCGAAUUCCCCUCUGCGCCCCUCCCACGCGGCCGCUGCCGCUUCCGGCGCAGCCCGCACUUUCUCCCCCCCGCUCUCCGCGCGCCACUCCGCGCCCCACCAUGCGCGCCACCCGCCUCCCCCCAGUAACCUUCCGCAGCUCUCGCGCGCCUCCUCCUCCGUCUCCUCCUCGCUCCCGCGCUCCGCGCUCUCCUCCCCCGCGUCCUCCGCGCUGCACCUCCCCGCCAUCCCCUCGCUGCAGUCCCUCCCCUCGCUCCGCUCCCUCUCCUCCUUCUCCUCCGCUCACACCUGCGCGGGCUGCUCCUGCGCGGGGUGCGCGGGGGGCAGCGCGGCGGGGGGCACGCGGAGCCCGUCGGACGGGGGGGAGGUGCGGUGGUACUUCAGCAAGGGGCACCUAGUCAAGGGCGCGGUGGCAGCAGCGGUGCCGCAUGCCAUAGUGGCCUCCUCGGCUGACUUUCUGCGCUUCAGUGCACGCGACUCACACGCCCUCGAGACUGCCUUCCGCCAGGUGACUGCCUUCCGCCAGGUGACUACCUUCCGCCAGGUGACUGCCUUCCGCCAGGUGACUGCCUUCCGCCAGGUGACUGCCUUCCGCCAGGUGACUGCCUUCCGCCAGGUGACUGCCUUCCGCCAGGUGACUGCCUUCCGCCAGGUGACUGCCUUCCGCCAGGUGACUGCCUUCCGCCAGGUGACUGCCUUCCGCCAGGUGACUGCCUUCCGCCAGGUGACUGCCUUCCGCCAGCGCGAGGAGGAGCUGCUCACGCUGUGGUGGAAGGAGUAUGCCGACGCCGCAGUGGGGCCCGCGCCAGGUGGCGUGCCGCCAUUGGUGGACCUGGGUCGGAGGCGGUCGUAUGCGGUGUACUGGGAGGGGGAGGACCGCCGUGUGCUGCGCGGGCUGUGGUUCGGCAAGCGGGCGGGACAGCUGACGUGGCAGCCCCUGAGGGAGGACGUGGCAGAGCAGCUGGAGGAGGCGUACAGGAAGCGGGUGAGUGGUGGGCGGGGAGAGAGGGGAGCACAGGGAGAGAGGGGAGCACAGGGAGAGGUGUGGCGGCGGCGGUGGUUCCAGCCGUCAGGCCUGUUCGCCUCUAGAGUGCCCAUUGCUGGCGCCGGCGAGGGAGUGAGCGCGGUGUUCACGGGGGACGACAGCAGCUGGCGGGCGCAGCUGUGGGUGGAAGGAACGCGGCUCUUCUCCUCGCCGCUGCACGCCAUGGCCCUGCGCAGGGGCUUCCUGCCUUCCCCCUCCACUCAGCAGGAGGACGAGCAGCAGGUGAAGGAGGAGGAGCUGGAUGACUACUGCUCCAUGGUGCCGGUGCAGCAUGUGGUGUUCAUGGUGCACGGGGUGGGGCAGCGCCUGGAGUCGGCGCACCUGGUGGAUGACGUCACUGCCUUCCGCCACCACGCAGCACAGCUCAGCCACUCACACCUCACCGCCCACCAGCGCCUGCAGCAGCGCUGCCUCUUCAUCCCCUGCCAGGUGCCUCUUCAUCCCCUGCCAGGUGCCUCUUCAUCCCCUGCCAGGUGCCUCUUCAUCCCCUGCCAGUGGAGGAGGGGCAUGGCGCUGGCAUCGGAGGCGGUGGUGGAGGGCAUAACGCUGGAGGGCGUGAGAGCGCUGAGGGACGCUGUCAGCGCCACGGUGCACGAUGUGCUCUACUACAUGAGCCCCGCCUACUGCCAGACCAUCAUCCACUCGCUGACCUCCUCACUGAACCGGCUGUACCGCAAGUUCAAGCGGCGCAAUCCGCUGUUCAGCGGGCGCGUGUCGGUGUUCGGCCACUCGCUCGGCUCCGUGCUGCUCCACGACAUCCUCUGCCACCAGCCGCCCCUCCCGCCCCUGCUGCCCCCCCCGCUGCCCCACUCGCUGCUUCCGCCGCCGCUGCUGGCAGAUGGUAGAGGCCUGGGGGCGAUGCAGGGAGGCGUGGGGAAGGCAGGGGACGAUGGGGGAUGGGAGGAUGGGGAGGGGUGGAGUGAAAGUGAGGCUGCAGAAUCGCCUGGGGCUGUCUCUGUGCCUGACCCAUCCAUGGUUCCUGCACGUGGUGGGGAUCUGCUUGCGCUUGCCCCACAACGCCUUCCUGCUGCACUUGAACCUCCAGCAGCGCCACCUGAAGCAUCUGCUGACGCGCCUGUGCGCUUAGAUGGGGGCAUACCUGCCUCGCUACGGGUUAUCCCUUCCUCCACCGCUGCCAGCCCAGCCAUGCCUCAAAGCCCCACGCACACAAGCAGGGAUGGCAGCAGCCACUGGGGGGAUGGGUGCAUGCAGGUUGCAAGGCAGGCAAUGGACAGUGGAGGAGUGAAGGGGGUCGAGGCGGAAGCACAAGGGGAGGGGGAGGGUGAUGCAGUGGCGGAGCAAGGAAGGGGCUGGGAGGAGGGGGAGCGAGUGCAGGGAGGGGGUGGGAGUGAUGGGCAAUCAGAAGCAGGUGUGGGGGGAGGGCCGAACACAGAGACAGCAGAGCAGUUGAGGCACAAGUCCUCUCAUCCUCUUGCACCCAACACCUCUCCACCUUCCCUCCCCACGGCACCGUUUCUCAUUACCCUCUUUCCCUCCCCUCCCCUCUUGCCCCCCUCAGCUGGGCGAGCUACAGAGGGAGGUGGAAGCCCCCUGCACGCCCCUGCUUCCACCCUCCCUCUCUUCGCUCUGCCACCCGCCCCUCCCCCUCUCCUCCUCCCAACGCCACCAGCACCACCAGCACCACCAGCACCACCAGCACCACCAGCACCAUCGCCUGCGUGUCCUCCCACCAGUCAAGCCACCAGCCCUGCCACUCCGCCUGUGCAGCCCGCCUCGCCCGCUCUGCCAGCCACCCCUCCCCACUGCCCCACCAGCAGCCCCUCCUUGAGCGUUCCUUCUCGUGCCUCUGCCAGCUCUCUUGAUGCUGCCCCUGCCGGCAAUGCAUGCGUGGUGGGCGCUGGUGACAUACUGAAGGGAGACGGGGGUGAAGGCAGCAUAGACAGCCGGGCAGAGGCGGGAGGGUGGGAACAGGUAGCAGUAGCACGGGAGAAGGCGAAGGAUGAGGAGGGUGUGGUUGUGGGGGCAUGCGGAGGGGAGGGGCGAGGAGGUAGGAAAAGGAAGGGCAGUGGCGGAAGGGAGGGAGGUGGGAAUGGUGGAGGGGGUGUGUCGAGAAGAGGAGCGGGUGCAGUGGAGGAGGGAGCAACGAGAGGGAAGAGCAAGGAGAGGAGGGGCAGGGAGGUGGGUGAGACGAGGAGACAGAGGAGGAGGAGGAGGGUGGAGGAGAAGGAAAAGCUCGCUGCGUCUGCUGCAGUUGAUGCUCGUGAUGCGGCUGGGGCUGGGGCGAGUGGGGAAGCACAGGGGUGUGAAGCUCGCAUGGGGCGAGGGGUGGAUGCGGCGGCGAGGGGCGAGGGUGGGGAAGGAGUGGGUGGAGCAGUGGGGCCGGCACGGUGUGAGGCAGAGGCAGAGGCAUGGGUGCAGCCAAAGGCAGGGGGGGUGGUGGAGGUGGCGAGUGGUGGCGGUGGAUUGGGAGGCUAUGGGGGAUGCAGUGAGGGUUGCGAGGGACGCAGCGAGUGUGGUGAGAGAAGCAGGGAGGGCAGUGGGGAAUGUGGGCAUGACGAGAGGCGUAGUGAGUGUGGCGUGGUAUGCGCACAAGUAGCAGUGGUGCCAGCGAUAGAGGAGGGCGGUGGGCAAUGCGCCGGGGAGGGGCGUGGGGAAGGCACUGGGGAAGGGCGAGAGCAGAGGGGAGAGGGGCUGCAUGGGAAUGUGGAAGCACUCACUUAUGGGGAUGCGGUGGUUGGCUGUAGGUUGGAGUGGAAGGUGGGAGAGGGCCGUGCAGAAUGCAGUGGCAGUGGAGAGGGGAUGGGUGGUGCAGCUGGUGCUGUGAAGGGUGGUGGAGAGGCGUGGCUGGGUUGGGGAGACACGCGUGAAGGCGGGGAAGAGGAGGGCGGAAGAAUGGGGAGGGCGUCGCUGGGAGAGGAUGGAAGAGCGGUGGCGGAUGGGGGGACAACUGGAGAGGGGUUGGCGUGGAGUGCGAUUGAGACACUUGGGGAUUCAAACGGGAGAGAAGGGCAUGUGGGGGAAGCAGGGGCACAUGUGAAGGAGGGGGUGGACGAGAGAGGGGGGGAGAGAGCAGAGAGUCUUCGCGAGGGGGUUGCUGCAGGGAUGGGAACAGGGAGGAGCGCAGCAGGAGCAGCAGGGGGGAGGGGCGAAUCCCGGGCACAAGGGAGAGGCGAAUCCCGGGCACAAGGGAGAGGCGGCGGCAGAGCAGCAUCACCGCGGGCGCCACCACGGCAGCAUGCGCCGUCUAUUCGCUACGGCCGCCUGCUCUUUCCCGUGGACACGUUCUUCGCAGUGGGGUCGCCCCUCGGCCUCUUCCUCGCUCUGCGCAACAUUCGCCUCGGCGAUGGUGCAGGCGGCGAGAGUGCGCGGUACUGGGGCAUGGAGGGAGUGCAGGAGGAGCUGCCAGCGUGCCGCCAUGUGCUCAACAUCUUCCACCCCCACGACCCCGUCGCCUACCGAUUGGAGCCACUGGUGUCACCACAGCUGGCGCAAGUUCCUCCGGUGCUCAUGCCGUACUACCGCGGUCACUACCGCACGCACAUCGUAGUAAAGCGCUUCUUCCAGCAGCUGAGGGGCAGCCUGAGAUGGCUGUACCGUGCACUGGUUUCACCGCUGCAAUAUGUGCUGAGGUCCGCAUGGAGUCUGCUCUGCUUCGCCCCUCCACCUCCUCGACCCGCACCGGCCCGCGACAGCAGUGAGCUGCCAGUGUUGGACGCGCGGUCGCAGCACACGCUCACACUCCUCACAGGCUCUCCGCACGGCCGCAUUGACUUCAUGCUGCAGGACCCCUCCUUCCAGCACCAGUACUUGCAGGCCAUGAGCUGCCACUUUGCCAUUCUUCCCCCAACAAGAUUCUCCUCCGCUGUUGCUCGCGUCUCAGCGCUUGCCAGUCUCCUCACCGCCGUCUGCCACUCCCCUCUUCCCUCUCACCUGUCCUCCCUUUCUUCCUCACCUCCCCUUCUCCCCCUCAGCGAUGCAUGGAUAGACAAGGACAUAGCGCUGCUGGUCAUCCGCCAUCUCUACCGCCACGUGCCUCGCCAGCCCCCUCCCGCCCGCCAGCCACCGCCCCUGCACGCUCACUUCGACCCCUCCUCCCCCGCCCCCUCUCCCACUGCUACCACCCCCCCCACUGACCCCUCGUUCUUCUCGCCUCCUCCCUCCCCCUCACGUCACGCCGUCUUCUCCUCCCUCUCUGCCCUCUCCACGCCUCGUUGCCUCUCUGGAGACCUCUCCUCCUACUCCAUCCCCUCCUUCCUCCCCUCCCACCCCUCCUCCUCGCCCCUUCCUGCCACGCGACCCUUCUCCCCCCUCUCAGCCCCCCCCACGCCCCAUCCUCUCCCACCAGCAUUAUUCCCUGCAUCAGCACCGCCAGCAGCACCCAUCAAUGCUACGACGACAUCUUCCACCGCUCCCAACCCAUCCGCAACCCACGCGGCCAUGCCCUCGCGCCCGCCCCCUUCGAGUCAGGUGCGGGGGCACCAGCGCAGCGGCAGCAGCAGCAGCCUGCUGGGGCGGCUGUGUGACGCUGUGAGCCCUCUUGAGCAUGCUGCUGCUGCUGAACGGCACGCAGGGAGGCACACGGGGAAGGUGGUACCUGGGGCAGGUGCUGCUGGUGCUUCUGCUGGUGGUGGUGGUGGCAGUGGCGGUUUGCAGCAGCGACAGAGAAGGCAGUGGAGGGAGGGGGGUGUGGGGCAUGGGAGGAGGGCGUGGGGAGGGGAGGAGAGUCAGGGGAGGGUGAGCAAGGUGGGGGCAGUGAGGAGGUGUGUGAGGCGAGUGCAGACACACAUAGAGGAGGAGGAUGAGGGUGAGGACGAGGGGGAGGAGGAGGAUGAGGAGGUGGCAUUCACCUUCUCUAGUUGGAGGGCCGCUCAGCUGCUGCGAGUGCAGCUGCUGCUGUGA